CCUCACUCGGGUUCCGGGCGUUCUGGCCAUCUGUAGCUGCUGCUGCUGCUGCUGCUGCUUCCCCGCGCGCACGCGUUAGUACUUUUCCGAAGGAAGAGAGCGUUUAGUCAUUCAAGAUGUCUCACCAAUACCCAGCCUUGACCCCAGAGCAGAAGAAGGAGCUGUCAGAUAAUGCUCUCCGUAUUGUGACAACUGGCAAAGGCAUCCUAGCGGCUGAUGAAUCUACCGGCAGUAUUGCCAAACGCCUGCAGUCCAUUGGCACCGAAAACACAGAAGAAAACCGCCGUUUCUACAGGCAACUGCUGCUCACUGCAGAUGACCGUGUCAACCCUUGCAUUGGUGGUGUGAUCCUCUUCCAUGAGACCAUGUACCAAAAAGCUGAUGAUGGCCGUCUCUUUACCAAGGUCAUUAAGGACAAAGGUGCCCUUGUUGGCAUCAAGGUUGACAAAGGCGUUGUACCUCUUGCAGGGACUAAUGGAGAGACCACCACCCAGGGUCUGGAUGGCUUGUCUGAACGCUGCGCCCAGUAUAAGAAGGAUGGUGCUGACUUUGCCAAGUGGCGCUGUGUCUUGAAGAUCACUCCAACCACCCCUUCCCCUCUGGCCAUCAUUGAGAAUGCCAAUGUGCUUGCUCGUUAUGCCAGCAUCUGCCAGCAGAAUGGAAUUGUUCCUAUUGUGGAACCAGAAAUCCUUCCUGAUGGUGACCAUGAUCUCAAACGCUGCCAGUAUGUGACAGAGAAGGUUCUGGCCGCUGUGUACAAGGCCUUAAGUGACCAUCAUAUCUACCUGGAGGGGACCCUGCUCAAACCAAACAUGGUGACACCUGGCCAUGCCUGCACCACCAAAUACGCUCCUGAAGAAAUUGCUUUUGCUACUGUUAUUGCCCUGCGCCGCAAUGUGCCUCCUGCAGUGCCUGGCAUCACCUUCCUGUCUGGAGGUCAAAGCGAGGAAGAGGCUUCCAUCAACUUGAAUGCCAUCAACAAGUGCCCUCUGCACAAGCCAUGGGCCUUGACCUUCUCUUAUGGUCGUGCCCUGCAAGCCUCUGCCCUCAAGGCCUGGAGUGGUAAGAAAGAAAACCUCAAGAACGCCCAGGAGGAAUACAUCAAGCGAGCUUUGGCCAACAGCCUUGCCUGUCAAGGUAAAUACGUUUCAUCUGGCCAAACGGGAGCAGCUGCCAGCGAGUCUCUCUUUGUUUCCAACCAUGCUUAUUAAACUCAGGGCCUUGGUUGCAUUGUCUGCUCUCUCCUGUUGCUACAUUGUGCCUGGGCUACUGUGAUGUCUGCUGUUGUUUUUCACCCUCCCCUCUUCUCCUCACCCUCCCCUUUCCCUUUUGCCGGCUUCUCUUGUAAGAGAAAGAUGCAAAUCUUUGUCUUGCCAUGAAAAACCUAGAAGUCCUGGCUUAUUCCUUUCUCUAAUGCAUCCCCAUCACCAUCUCUGUAUGUGAAAUUCAGCUUCUUCUGGUGAAUGACACUCCUGGUCUGCAGCCAAAACAUCAAAAUGUCUCCGGGGCAGGGACGUCUGACAUGCAGACCUCUUGGAAUAAAAAUAUUUAAAUGUU